AGACUGCGUCUGCGUCGCCGGCGCGCGGCUCUGUCGUCAUACUUGCGCGCCGUCGCCGCCGCCGUUGCCGCUCGCCGGGGAAACUGGAAGGCUGCCAUGGCGAGCUCCGCCGCCUCCUCCGUGCGACCGCCGAGGCCCAAGAAAGAGCCGCAGACGCUCGUCAUCCCCAGGAAUGCCGCGGAGGAGCAGAAGCUUAAGCUGGAGCGGCUCAUGAAGAACCCGGACAAAGCAGUUCCAAUUCCAGAGAAAAUGAGUGAAUGGGCACCUCGACCUCCCCCAGAAUUUGUCCGAGAUGUAAUGGGUUCAAGUGCUGGGGCCGGCAGUGGAGAGUUCCAUGUGUACAGACAUCUGCGCCGGAGAGAAUACCAGCGACAGGACUACAUGGAUGCCAUGGCUGAGAAGCAAAAAUUGGAUGCAGAGUUUCAGAAGAGACUGGAAAAGAAUAAAAUUGCUGCAGAGGAGCAGACUGCAAAGCGCCGGAAGAAGCGCCAGAAGUUAAAAGAGAAGAAAUUACUGGCAAAGAAGAUGAAACUUGAACAGAAGAAACAAGAAGGAAGCCGGGGAGGGAAGGAGUUGGGAACACAUUGUCCUCCUGCUCUGCUUCUGGCUGGCAGUCAUGACGGGAACAGGGACCGCGCGCUGCUCACAGGACCUGGUCAGCCCCAGGAGCAGGGGUCCAGCAGCUCUGCAGAGGCGUCUGGAACGGAGGAGGAGGAGGAGGAGGUGCCCAGUUUCAUCAUGGGGCGAUGACAGUGUUUGCCACAGCCGCUGCCUGGAACCCGGCUCGUGCUGUGACCAGAAAGGAAAGGUGGCUGUUUGGCUCUUUCUUCCCUGCAAGGACCCGCUGACCCACUGGAUGGAGAGCAAAGGAGACCCCUCCCGAGCCGCUCGCAGUCCUGCUUUCGGCAGGGUUGGGAGCCUGAGGGGCCGUCUCCCUGACACUCAAAGGCACUGCCUUGCAGAUGCCAUCCGUGUUCCUGGUAAACGGGGACAGAGAGCCUCACCUUGUCACAUAUUUGAACAGUGAUGAGUUUGGGGCUGGUUUCUGGGAAGGGAGCGUUUAUUUAGUAAAGAGCAGAACACCCUUGCAUUUUGUUGGGACGUGUGGACCGUGAGUUACAAACACUCUGGAGAAGGCUGUGAGAUGCCACCAUUCCCAUGGGGACUGAACCCCAUUAUGUGGACCUGGUCCCAGGCUCAGUGAGGAGAUGGCCUCGGCUGUGGGGCUGGUCCAUGUUGCCCACCCACUCCAGUGGGAAGUGGGAACCACACCACAGAGGGUCUGCUCCCACUGCAGCUCCCAGUGCCCUGUGUGUUCUGGGAAGCCCUGAGUGUGCACAGGGAGGCCCGGGCCAGGGAUUUCACCAGGGGCUGGAUCACAAGGGCAUGGGGUGUGUGGAAAGGGCUGUGGGGGAAGAGCCGUUGACCAGAGAGUGAGCAGAUGGAGAAUGCAAGCUGGACCGAGCCAGAGCAGAGGGCAGGGGAUUCCCAGCCGGACGGGGAUUCUCUCGCCGACAGCUGCAUUUUCAUCCCGAAGUGGAAGGGGGUCUAAACAGAACGGGCUGAGAGAGGAGGGACUCGGUCAAGUGGGUGGAGCUCCUCCUUGCAUGACUGCAACCAUUAGGGCUUUCCGCCAGGUCAUAGCAGUUGGGACCAGCGGGGAGAAGAGAGGCAGAACUCCUUUGUCCUCAGGUGGCACAGCCCCAGACUGGCAUCCAGGAGGCACUGGGCCCGUGCAGAGAAGGCACCUGCAGAAAGCAGGGCAGCCCAGCACAGAGGCGUGUGCCUGGAAUCCCAGCUACUCGGAAGGCCAAGGCAGGAGGACCGCUGGAGUCCAGGGAUUCAAGGCCAACCUGGGCAAUAGAGCGAGACCCUGUCUCUUAAAAAACGAUGAUGAUGAUGAACACAGAGGGCGGGGCACUGUGCCUGGGAGGAGCCGAGACCAGCCUUUGACCUCAGUGUUUUGAGGCCAACAGGGACGACAGAGACGGUUGCUAGUUAGAGCCUUGGCUCCAUUUUUGGAUGAUUUAACCCCAAGUUCCUGAGUCUAUUUUGUGCCCCUUACAUACUUUGAUAGAAUUAAGGAAAUAGUGGUUUUGAGUGAAGGGAAAGGAAACCCAGAAACAUUUUCUGUUGCUUUUACUUCUGUAGUGUAGAUUUCCCCGGCCCCGCUCUGAGCCCUGUAACAUCUGUGAUAGCUUCUGUCCCUUCAUCGGUUCAUGUCACAGGGAUUUUCUUUCCCAGGAAUCAGACACGGAGAGUCAGCCCUAAAUAAAUGAGCACAUGCCCUGGCUGUACAUUUUGAAA